AUGAGUGCUGAAGACGGUCAGAAGUCGCUCCUUGAGCGCAUCGAGAUGCCCGAGAUCCCCGACGAUGUGGCGCGGGAGUUCUCGCUCCUCGAACAGAGAUUCAUUCGCGCCGAGACUGAUCGCUUGCGCCGCUCCACCGUCGAGAACCGUCCUCUGUGGGAACAGCGCAGCAAGAUCAUCUCCAAGGUCCAGGAUGACUUCUGGGUCCGUGUCCUCUCCAAUGCGCCCGCCGAGAUCGAUGAAUACAUCCAGCAUGCCGACGCUGCUGUUCUGGGUUCCGCCCUGAAGGAUCUGACUGUCGAGAGAUUCGAGGUCGACGAGAAGGGCCAGGGCGAGCCCCGCAGUCUGCGCUUCACCUUCGUGUUUCGCACCGGCGACGAGAACCCCUUCUUUGAGAACGAGAAGGUCGUCAAGGAUUUCUACUGGCGCAAGAAGAUUACCAAGACCCCCAAGGGCAAGCGGAGGACCUGGGAGGGCCUUGUCUCCGAGCCUGUUCGUAUCAAUUGGAAGGAGGGCAUGGAUCUGACCAAGGGUUUGCUCGAUGCUGCUUGCGAUCUGGCCGAGGCCGAGAAGAAGCAGGCCGGUGACCGCAAGAAGCUUCCCGAGUUCGAGAAGAUCGCCAAGAAGAUGGAGGAGCUCGAGUCCGCCGCCAUGGAAGACAACGAGGAGGACGAGGAGGAUUUCCCCACUCCUGCUGGAACCAGCUUCUUUGGAUUUUUCGGUUAUCGCGGUAACGUUGUUUCCGCCGAAGAGUCCAAGGAGGCGAACAAGGAGGAUGAUGAGCGGUUCGAAAAGGCUCUUCAAGGAGAGAAGUUCGAUGACGACGACGAGGAGGAGGAGGAUGAGGAUGAUGACGAAGACUCCUUCGAUGAGAUCGAGAUCUUCCCCGAUGGCGAGGACGUGGCAAUCGCUCUUGCCGAGGACCUCUGGCCCAAUGCUCACAAGUAUUAUGGACAAUCCUUCGAGGUCGGCGAAGACUACUCGGAUUUUGAUGAGGACGAACUCGAAGACGAGGAAGAUGACGAGGAGGAGGAAAGCAACUCUCAUCCCCGUAAGAAGGCCCGGGUUUAG